GGGCCACCUCUUCGUGGUGCGGGAGACGAGUAGUCAGUUGCUCCCAGCAACUGGUGAAACCAACGGCCCCUCUCGUUGCCCGCUUGAUAUGUGUAUCUGUAACACGGUUGCCGCGAGGCAGACUCCGCGCCUGCGCAGGCUCAUCGGCCUGUCUUCAAUUCGGCCUUCAUCUCAGAAUACCUUCUCUACCGAUAAAAAACCUACCUUGGUCGUGCCGCCUAUCUAACGAUCAAGCCGAACCCGACCUCCUCUUUCACCCUCCCCCUCUUUAUCGACCCGGUCCGCAGUCGAUAUCGUACAAGCGGCGGAAUCCGAUAGGUGACCCUGGCGGGCCCUGUUGUGGCGGGACUUCGAUCCCAGCGUUUAUUCAUUCAACAUCAACAACACACAUUUCAACUCAGAGGCACUGGACUUCCCUCUCUUCAACGUGCUAGCUGGGACAUGACAGCGCCCAUGCUGCGAGAGACGAGGAGUCAGUUGCUUCCAGCAAAUUGCAAACCCAAUACCACCUUCAAGCGAGCACCUGACUUCUUUACGACCUCGAAUCCAACAAAGAUUCCGCUAUUCUUUUGCCGUGCCUGCCAGUUUUGAGCCACCUGCACUCUUCACUCAAGUAAAGCUGCCACAGAUGCACCUUCCGUACCAACUACGGAACCGUCCUUCACCCAAGCAAAAGCUGCCUGAGCUGCACCUUCCAUGGGGAAACAUGCCUCACUUUUCUUCCUGUCAACACUGGCAUUCCUCUCUCUCCCCCUCUUGUUCAAAGGUCGGGACGGUUAUCGCACACAUUACCAGUUCUACAUGAUCAUGAUGGCUCGCCAGCUUGCCCUGCAUUGAACUUCAAGACCACACACCAACCAGAUACUUUGUGCAGACAACUUUCAGCCGCUCUCUGAAGAAGUCGUUCCGCCCAAUUUCUGCCAUCAAGAUGUCCUCGAUCGACAGGACUACCAGUCCCCUCGUCGACUCUGCCUCCUCCGCCAGACAGUCUAGCGAGACCACAAAACCGGUCAGCAAAUCUGCGUCGGAACUCCUAGAGAUAGCAAAGCAACAUGGUCGACCAAGAGGAGGUCCUCGGCCAGAGACUGUCCAAUGUCCCUCACGUCCAAAGAAGUUCAGCAAGAGAGAGCACAUGAGGCAGCAUCAUGUCGUGGUUCAGAAAACGGUUCUUCCAACAAUCUCUGGGAUGAAAAAGUUCAACAAACACAAACUUGAAGCCAUGUCGAACGAAGAAGCUCCCACAUUGUUCCUUCGUGCGAUUAUUGCAAUCUCACGGAAAAAUAGCACUGUCGAUUCGAAGCAGGUCCAAGAACUUCACAAACGCAAUGACGAUCUAUACGGAUUUGUGCAGAAAGUCAUCCACAGCCAGCUUCAUGUUGAACAGGCGGCGUCAUCGUCAUGCAAUCAAAGCUGUCCAGCAGAAAAUUCUCCUUCGUUCUCAAUGGUGUCUCUUCAAAUACAGAUAUGAGUUCAACCCGACAGACAGAAGUGUCGACACUCCGAAACAUUCUUCGCCGCCUGGAUAUCGAAACUCAAGCAAAUCCAACCUGAUUGUCAUUGUGUUCUGCAGCUUCGACGGGUUCUGUACCAAUAUUGAAGGGUUCGAACAUCGCGAGCAACUCGAGAGAUCUGCGUCAGAUCAUGCCUGAACGUCGGAACAUGUUUGAUAUCGACGGUGGCUCUCCGGAUGGCCGUGAAUUCAACCAAAGCGAACUCGUCACAUACACUGAAGCUGAUGUUCUUGCCAACGAGCCCUCUCUCAACUCCGAAUUCCUACAUUCUUUUGGUUCUCGUGUCGACUCCCACGGCAUGUUUGAUACGCCUCUAGCGUGUCAAGAGUCUUCCUUGUGCAGACGGGCCUUUGAGCUUAGCAUUACAAUCAACUCGGCUAUUCAAGUCUCGAUCCUGAAGCGGUCUUCAACGCCUCCCAAAUCCUUACCGAUCGAAACACACUCCCGGGCACUCCCUUUCUAUCGCCCUCUCAGACUCCCAUUCCGAAAUCUCGCUACUUCACUACCCCAGUUGAAAAGCUCAAACUCGCCCUUCAAUCACCAUUUUAUCAGCUUGAAGAACCUGUUUGCCACUCCCGGAUCAUUCCCACGACAGCCAAAGAAACCCAGCGCUACGCUUGUCCCUAAAUCAUUGUCUCCAUCUCACUCUUCCCAUAAUCCAUCUAUUCAGCCACUCGAGAGGGUCAAAAAACCAAACAAAGCUGGAUCCUUCAGGCACCUUCGUAAUAAUCAUAAUCAUCUUGACUUCAACUGGCCCUCACCCUUCUUUCAGCUAUCAAUCUCACGUGGCUCUCAACUUUCAGUGCGUGCACUUCAAGUAACUUGAAGAAAGUUCGGCGCCAGUGAAUUUCCAAGCCCUCUUUCAGAAAACACAUUCAUCCAGAGAACCACACGUCACUACAUUCCUCUUCAAACUCUCUGAGAGUCACCACUACCAGCGUUGAUCAUUGCUUCACGAUUUUGCUUGUUGGAUUUGAAGUCACUCCAAGGAACACUUCCGGCGCACAGCAAGAACAUAAUUUUGAUCGCUCUUCAGAUCAUUCAAGAGUCACCACCACGAGAGUUGGCCAGCGGUUCCCAACUUCAAUCUUCGCAGUUGAAAAGAUUCCGAGGAACACUUCCAGCACACAGCAAGAUGUCACAGACUACAAAAUAUUGGGUGGAGUUCUUCAAUAAAUUUAUUGAUGCUGAUCGUCGUCGUCGUAUCAAACGUGAGGAUGUCCCUGAAACCCCAGAACCGUCAAGAGUGGCUUUUGCCAGCUGGGACGAGUACCUCGGUACGCUGGGGUCUGGUGCGCUUAUCGAGUCGGCUUUGGCAGACAGAGAGAAGAACCGAGAAUUCCACACGCGCAUCAGGCUGUUAGAACACAAAGAAGGAAACCGAACCCAGUUUAUCUGUCUUUUCAAGGUCCCGAGAAGAUGCCAAGAAAACUUCACUGAGAGAGACAAAGCAUCUGCCCAUCUGACUAAGAACGCUUCCCGAGUAACCCUGACUGAUGAUUCCUCAGCGGUGAUGACUACAGUCCAAAACCUUGGCGCGGACCUUGGGACAUCAAUAUCCUACCAACUGUUCCGACUGGGCCACCAGAAGUAGCCUGGGCUACAAUUGAGCGCCACCACUACGCCAGCAAAGAUGAAUACCGCGACCGGCAGCAUUAUCCUGUCACUUCCUUCUCUGAGUUCAACAAGAUAAAACAGAGUCGUGGAAUGCAAGCCGCGAUAUGGUACCUUCUUGACAACUCGACUGUCUAUGCCACCAUUAUCCCGGAAGACCGCCACAGCAUCUUUGUGUACGUUAUCAGCGCCUUGAUUAACCUGAAAAAGAAGGUAGCGCAAUCACUAGAUGGCGGGAUUUCAAAGCUACUACUUGCAGCUCGUCCAGACAAGGUCCCCCAACUUAACAUUUACCGAUCCCUCAGUGACCCUUCUCUUGCACACGAGGACGGGCUGUACCUCAAUGAGAGCCAAAAGGAAGCAAUCCGUUUCGGACACCAUGCUCCAGCGGGGUUCGUCCUUUGUCAUGGAGGGCCUGGAACGGGCAAGACGCAUUUCAUCAUCCAGGCUGUUCGACCUUUUCUCCUAGAUAGCGCCAAGCAGCACCGAGUGCUAGUCACAGCAGCUUCCAACACAAGCGUCGACUCCGUGGCAAGAGCUUUGGAUGGACAGCUGAGGCAAGUGGUUGCUGAAAGAGGAGGCUCAAACAAGCAAUAUGUGAUUCGUCUGCACAGCAUCAAGACAGAGAAGUCAGUGGCUCUUCGAGAAGCGAGGCUCGCAAGACAAGCCAGUCUAGCCGCCAAAAAGCACAACCCUUCACCCAAAAACUCUGACGCCCGUCCGCCGAUAUCGGGGCAGGCUGAUACGAUUCUCGCACAUUGUCAAGCCUUCAUGGAGCGCAAGUAUGAAGGUGUCAGCGACGAGCGGGUGAAUGCCAUUGAGCUGUCUGCAGGCGAGAGGAUGCUUGAGAUCGCCGGACUACGUAAAGAGAGCCUACUCAAUACCGCAAGCCGGUUCACGAAAUUCGCAGACUUGUAUCAGCGGUUCGUCGACGGUGACGAGUUCAACUACGAGAAAUGGGAAACUCUUGGUGAAGAGAUAGAGGAGCUCUUAGCUUAUACCAUCAAUCACGCUUCAGUCAUUUGUGCAACUGUUGGCGGAGCUGCCGACGGCUUUUUCUGCAAGCACUACGCUGAUGCAGAGUUGAUUGUCGUCGAUGAGGCUGCCCGAGUCCCUGAAUACCAAAUGUGGCCGUUACUUGCCUGCUAUCCCAACGCGGUCGGCAAGGUCUUGGUUGGAGAUCCCAACCAGCUAGGUCCUAUGAUCAGAGGCGAUGAUACAAAGGACGACGCGAAGAGCAUAAUCAACCCUUUUCAGAGGCAGUUGGAAAUGUCACUUCAACAACGCCUUCAGUCCGCAGGUUUCACGUCGGCCUUCUUCAAUGUGCAAUACCGGGCCGUGGAGAAGAUUGCCCGGAUUUACAGCAACGUCUGCUACGGGGGUCUCUUGCAACAUGGUCGAACCUCGGAACUGGAAGACGAUCAGCUUGCCAAAGACAUCAUCGAACAUAACCGGCAAACAUAUGGUAUCCCCGAACCCGUGGUGUUCUACGACAUACCAGACGCUGCACAAGGACGGAACUACCAUCGGUCCAGAUUCUGCAAGGAAUAUGUCAUAUUGGUGCUGAAGAUUUUGAGGGGUCUCUUCAACGCCGGAUUCGGAACUCGUGAGAAGUCUUGCUCUAUCGCCAUCUUGACACCGUAUAUCGAGCAAAAACGACUCCUCAAGGUAUCAAAAGCGCAAAUGGAAAAACUCUAUCCAGCAGCCAAGGACGUCGUCUUGCAGACCGUCGACAGCGUCCAAGGCAUGGAGUACGAUGUGGUCAUUGUGGAUCCCACCGUCGUGCGCAGCCCCGGGUUCCUUGAUGCAAAUCGACUGAACGUGAUGUUCUCGCGCGCCAGAUAUGGCCUCUACGUCGUUGGCGAUUACAUGUCGUGGAUUUCCAUGAGGAAGGAUGAUUCGGCGCCCUUGAGAAAGUUUGCAGCAGAGUUCAAAGCGACCUACCGGAUAAAAUGGGAUAGGGGGCAAAAAGAUCAAACUUUGUCCUCGCCAUUCUUUGACGAGGAGAUGAUUGCAGGCUAUGAGUCGGAAUGAUUGCAUGGUCUGGUCACUUCGAGGAGGCGAUUGUUGAAACAAAAAGUCAUAGCUCCGAAUCACUAGGCGCGGAAAUGAGAUAUCGAAGGAGACACAAGCUGCUCACGGCACGAGGGCAGGAGGAUAACUUGGGACCGUUCAGGAGGUGGAUGUCCGAUGUUGAGGUCAAGGCUUGCUUGGAUGAGGUUGAUCAUGAUGAGAUUAGGUAUCCGGAAGGGCCUAACUUGGAUCAGUCCGACACAGUUGUGAGGGUUGAAGUGUGAUCGACACGGUAAAGCGUCUUCAAGUCGACUUCGUGUUUUCAGGGCCGGUGGCAGGAUUUCGUGAACGAGGGACAAGAGUAUCUGCUCCAGCUUUCAGCCUCGUGUGUUCAAUGCAGCCUUGCGGUAGACAUAGAGAACCCUGAUUGGUCUAUUUGGCCGUGAAAAUGAAUGUCAGUCUGUCAGACACACCAUUUUUGUCUUGGC